AUGGAGCCUUCUAUCUGUUUAUCAGGACGGCAGGAAUCCCCAGGAACGAGACGGCAUCAUUCCGGCUUUCGUGCCCGAGUUGGGUCUUUUUUUACCGGAACUUCGAGUAUUGGCGCGCAAAAUGUGCCGCCUUUUUCAAAGCCUCCAGCGCCUCGAAUAGGACUGCGUCUGUUUUCUGGCGAAAGAGCUGAAAACUCCCGGCCACAGCAACGCGGUAAUGCUUUUAGAAUAAGGAGGCCACCUUCAUCCAUCAGUCCUUUCAUAGACCGGCAUACGCCGUCAUCCGCUAUGGACGUACAGCCGUUUGCACUUUCAAGCAUUGAUAUCGACGAAACUGGCCAGACGCAGGGGCCCCUUUUACAAGAUGUGAACGGUUCAAAUAAUAAUUUAUUAUCGUCUGCCAGGGAAGACGGACGAGCAUAUGCGGGAACGUGGAUUAGACACAGAAACUACGAUAAGUCCAAAUCGAACCGUUUUUGCUGUGGACCUGGCGUGAAGUGUAAGGAGGCGAGGAGAAAGCUGAUCGAUUGUGUAUUGGCUGGAUUUCUCCUCAUCGCGGUUUUCAUCAUUUAUAUUGUCCUUUCUUUCUCUUUCUCUGUCUUAGGACGUGAAUUUCAUGUUGUGCUCAUCUUAGUGCUCAUGCUCCUGGUGAUAUAUUUCUCCCACUCCUUUAUCCGUUUCCUCAUGAUCGCAUGGCGGCAAGCGCCGCCAUACGCUCUACACAUGGGAGAGAGAGUUGGUACGUCUGGAUACGCCCAACCGGACCGACCCAUACCCGUCAUUCUGGCCCGGGAUGAAGAGGAUGUUAUGGGCAUGGACGUGCAUGCGAACAACGCUACCGGCAGCAACAACUCGAAUGGUCUCACGCUACCACCUCCUGCUUAUGGUCUUUGGAAGAGUAGUGUGAAAAUAAAUCCCAACCUUGUACAUUGGCAACGACGCGAAGAGGCAGGUGUGCGACGAAGUACGGAAGUCAAUAGCGCUAACGAUGUACCAAAUAGGCCCCCGAGCUAUGUGUCGGACGAUGGAGUCCAGUACGUCAUUGAUUUGCCGUCACAGCGUCAAAGGGGAACAGAAUCAUCAGAGUCACACCCGCGUCCGCUUGCACGCGAAGACCCAGAUAUUCAUCCUGCAGAACGAUCGAUAUAG